CUGCUUUUCCAGGGUGGGAAGCAUGUCGACCACAUCGCUGAUCAGAUAGUGAAUAUCAUUAAACCUCUGGUUGACCCCAAUCUGAAGAGUGGCAUCAAAAAAGUAGUGAUUAAAAAUCAUUUAUGCACCUUUGUGAAUGCCCUUAUCGAGAAUCCAGCAUUCAGUAGUCAGACAAAAGACGUUCUUACUACGUCAGUAUCCGCUUUUGGUUCUAAAUGUGUAGUGGACGCUGCUGCAAUUAAGGAGUGGGCAGAGCGAAGUGGUCUCAUAGAAGAUUUGACGAGCGAUGCGUUGGCAAGGGAGGGGCGACCACCGAGAAAAUCGAGAAAAGCGGCAGUAGUAGAAGAUCUGUCAGACAUAGUAAAACUUGAAGACGCUAAUUGGGCUGGAAAUGACGAUCGCUCAGAGGAAUGCCGCCUUUUGAUAACUGAAGGCAAGAGUUGCCAUUUCGGAAAACCUGCCCCUCUCCAUGCCGAUGGCUUUAUCCUCCUAGAUGAGUUCGAUACCGGUGAUUCUGCAAAAGCUCUGGCUGUAGCUGGGUUGGAGGUGGUUGGUCGUGAUCGUUAUGGAGUGUUUCCGAUCAUGGGAAAACUUACGAACGUCUCUGGAUUGACGGAGGAGAAGGCAAACUCCACGAAAGAAAUCAAUCAUUUGAUACGAAUUUUGGGUUUGAAAUACAGUACAGACUACUCGUUGCCGAAAAAUCGCAAGACAUUACGGUAUGGUGGGAUAAUCAUUCUCACUGAUCAGGACGAAGAUGGAUCUCAUAUCAAGGGACUGAUUAUCAAUUUUCUUCACACGUACUGGCCUCAGCUACUGCGUAAUGGAUUUGUACAGUCUUUUAUGACUCCUCUUCUCAAAGCCCGUCGUGGAUCUGAAACCAUCAGCUUCUACAAUAUGAAAGAGUUCGAUAGAUGGAAGGAGAACACUCCAGAUGCUGACAAGUUCACCAUCAAGUACUAUAAAGGUCUAGGUACAUCGACUUCCAAAGAAGCUCGCGAAUAUUUUUCGAAUUUCGAAAAACAUUUGGUACAGUUCCGACAUGAAGACGACAAUGACGAUCUGCGUAUUCGACUCGUAUUCGACAAGCGUCGAUCGGAUGAUAGGAAGAGGUGGAUCAGUGAGCGGCUCUUAGCCAGAGACCAGGAAGUAACUGCCGAUGCUCCCAAGACGAAUGACAUCACCUACAAGGAGUUCGUCGACAAUGAACUUUUUCGCUAUUCACUCCUGGACUUACGGCGAUCGAUACCCUCUGUAGUGGAUGGAUUGAAGCCGUCACAACGAAAAGUGAUCCAUACAUUAUUGCGUCGAAGUUCGAAUAAGGAGAUUAAAGUCAGUCAAUUGGCCGCUGCUGUCGCGCUCAACGAGGGUUACCAUCAUGGAGAGUGGCGAUGGCUCGAUUUCCUGCAAUUGUCAGCCAUCUUGUGUUUCUCUAGGGUGCAGUUUUUCGGGAUCAGUUGUAAAGUUUUACGGGUCAAAUGGGAAGAACCAAUUACUCGAUUGAUAUUUCCAACAGCUGAUGACGAACUUCUCCAUUACUUGGAGGAAGAAAAUCAGCUGAUCGAACCGGAAUGGUACUGCCCAAUAAUUCCAAUGAUUCUGAUAAACGGGGCGGAAGGCAUAGCUACCGGAUGGUCGACACGCGUCCUAAGUCAUGACAUUAAUAAAGUGAUCGACAAUGUUCGAAGGUUAAUCGAAGGAGAGAAAUUUGAGAAAAUGACACCGUCGUUCUCGGAUUUCUCUGGAAGCGUGCAAGAAAUCGAGGAGAAUAGAUUCGAAAUUCGUGGAAAAUUCUCAUUUCCACCGUCACAACGCAAGAACGCCUCAAAUCUUUGCCUCGAAAUCGUCGAACUGCCUGUAGGUGAAUGGACGAACAGAUACAAGCAAAAUAUACUCCAUCCGCUACAGACGAAGGGACUGAUCAGCGGUUUCAAAGAGUACCAUACGGAGAGGCAAGUACGAUUCGUUGUAGAGCUAAGUAAGGAGUUCUCCAUAAGAUGCCGUCGUCCAGCCGGUCGGUAUGGGGACUUGAUGAAAAUCUUCAAACUGUCAUCAGUUGUUUCAACUAAUUCUAUGGUAUUGUUUGAUUCACUGGGUCAUUUAAAGCACUACACAACAGUCUCCGACAUUAUGAAAGAGCAUUUUCAAGUUCGCCGACAGAAAUAUGAGGAGAGAAAGGAAUACGAGACGAAAAUGCUCGACGCGCAACUGCGACGUUCUGAGAAUCAGGUAAUUUCAAAGAGAUUUUAA